UAAAAUAUUAAGAACGUUUGCCUCUGUGUUCAUAAGGGAUAUUGAUUUGCAUGUUCAUGUCUUAUCAUGUCAUUGUCUGUUUUUGGCUUUAGAGUAAUGCUGGCCUCACCAAAAGGGUUGCGUAGGAUUCCCUCCUCUUAAAUUUUCUGGAAGAAUUUGUAUAGAAUUUAUGGUGCCUCUUCACUAAAUGUUGAGUACUGGAUUUUCACAUUCCUACAAAGUCCUGAGCUUUGUUUUUAGGUACAGUUAGGUUACUUGGAAACAGUCUGAUCUUUUUGGAUCUAUCUUUUAAGCUUCACUGGACAGGACCAGAAAGGCAUUUACUCACUACUGAGAAAAAAUGUUUCUGAAUACUCUAUCGAUGAUUCACGAAUUAUGGGGGGUUUCUACCCUGGUUGGUGGGAAUAGGCAUUACUCCUGGUUCUCUUUGCAUUCCAGGGAUUAUUCCCUCUAAUCCUAGUUCUUUCCCCAGCCUUAGCCUUAGGUGUUUUCCUUCCACAAGUGUGCUAAUUACUACUCUGCUGAAUAAUUGAAGGGAACUCUCUGCUGUUACUCAAAGGGGACCUUCUACACACAUUCAGAGCUAGUUCUCUGUGCAUCCCCUCCUCUCCAGUGCCUGCUCUGUGAACCCUAGCCACUGUGGGCUCCAGAUUCCAGCUUCACCUCCACUCAGAGAGACUUCCAGGGUUGGCCUGCCUUCCCCUUCUCUGUGCUGCGGCCUAGAAACUCUUUCCAAACAGUCUGAUGUGGCAGUUGUAGGAGUCAUCUCAUCUUCUCAGAGAUCAAUGUUUGGUCCUCCCUGAUAAUAUAAUGUCCUAUGAACCAUUGUUUCAUAUGUUUUGUCCAGUUUUGUCACUGUUUUGGGUGAGAGGGUAAAUCUGGUCUCUGUUAGUCCAUUUUAGUCAAGGUAGAAGUCACUGAUAGAGUUUUAAUUGAUGAAUAAUAUGAGGACCUAGCAAUAACUUUGGGUGUAAUGGACUACACAGUACAAAGGCCUGUUCCCAUGUUUUCCUCCAGUGACAAUCUUAAUACUUCAUUAAAUAUGUAAUUUUAUUACAACUUCCCCUAUCUCACUAUCCUUGUCUUUAUCUCAUCCUAUUGUAUUUUCAUCUCUACUUGUCGAACCCUGAGGCUUUCUGCUUUUGUAUAAUAGAGGUGAUAUCUUCUUGCAUCCCGCUAAGGGCCUUCUCCAGUAGAAAAUUACUUUUGAAAAUCUGGUCUUCUGAGACCUCAGGAUGAAGCUUUCUUUCCUUACUUUGCAGCUGCGUUUCAUAGGCUCCAUCUUGGUUUCUUCAUGAGGCCCUCUGUAAUAUACAAAUUGUGUCAGUGACCUUUGGUUUCUCCUAUUGUCCAUCUGGAUGAUGGUUAACUCCCUUCUCAGACCCACAACUGAAUCCCUGGAACCUGGAAGCCUUUCAUCUAGCACAGCCCUGCUUGCCUAAAAUGGAAUAUUUACUCCCAUUGCUUGGUUAUUGGUUUCUCCGAAUGAAGAGUGUACAGAAUCAAAUAUGGCUGAGAAGCAAGCACCAGCUGAAGACCAAGUGGCUGCGACCCCCCUGGAACCCCCCGUCCCUCGGUCUUCAAGCUCGGAAUCCCCAAUGGUGUACCUGAAGGAUGUUGUGUGCUACCUGUCCCUGCUGGAGACGGGGAGGCCUCAGGAUAAGCUGGAGUUCAUGUUUCGCCUCUAUGAUUCAGAUGAGAACGGUCUCCUGGACCAAGCGGAGAUGGAUUGCAUUGUCAACCAAAUGCUGCAUAUUGCCCAGUACCUGGAGUGGGAUCCCACAGAGCUGAGGCCUAUAUUGAAGGAGAUGCUGCAAGGGAUGGACUACGACCGGGACGGCUUUGUGUCUCUACAGGAAUGGGUCCACGGAGGGAUGACCACCAUCCCAUUGCUGGUCCUCCUGGGGAUGGAUGACUCUGGCUCCAAGGGGGAUGGGCGGCACGCCUGGACCAUGAAGCACUUCAAGAAACCAACCUACUGCAACUUCUGCCAUAUCAUGCUCAUGGGCGUCCGCAAGCAAGGCCUGUGCUGCACUUACUGUAAAUACACUGUCCACGAACGCUGUGUGUCCAAAAACAUUCCUGGUUGUGUCAAAACGUACUCAAAAGCCAAAAGGAGUGGUGAGGUGAUGCAGCACGCAUGGGUGGAAGGGAACUCCUCCGUCAAGUGUGACCGGUGCCACAAAAGUAUCAAGUGCUACCAGAGUGUCACCGCGCGGCACUGCGUGUGGUGCCGGAUGACGUUUCACCGCAAAUGUGAAUUAUCAACGUUGUGUGAUGGUGGGGAACUCAGAGACCACAUCUUACUGCCCACCUCUAUAUGCCCCAUCACCCGGGACAGGCCAGGUGAGAAGUCUGAUGGCUGCGUGUCCGCCAAGGGCGAACUUGUCAUGCAGUAUAAGAUCAUCCCCACCCCGGGUACCCACCCCCUGCUGGUCUUGGUGAACCCCAAGAGUGGAGGGAGACAAGGAGAAAGAAUUCUUCGGAAAUUCCACUAUCUGCUCAACCCCAAACAAGUUUUCAACCUGGACAAUGGGGGGCCUACUCCAGGGUUGAACUUUUUCCGUGAUACUCCAGACUUCCGUGUUUUGGCCUGUGGUGGAGAUGGGACAGUUGGCUGGAUUUUGGAUUGCAUUGAUAAGGCCAACUUUGCAAAGCAUCCACCAGUGGCUGUCCUGCCUCUUGGAACAGGAAAUGACCUUGCCCGUUGUCUCCGCUGGGGAGGAGGUUAUGAAGGGGGCAGCUUGACAAAAAUCCUGAAAGACAUUGAGCAGAGCCCCUUGGUGAUGCUGGACCGCUGGCAUCUGGAAGUCAUCCCCAGAGAGGAAGUGGAAAACGGGGACCAGGUCCCAUACAGCAUCAUGAACAACUAUUUCUCCAUUGGUGUGGACGCUUCCAUUGCACACAGAUUCCAUGUGAUGAGAGAGAAACAUCCUGAAAAAUUCAACAGCAGGAUGAAGAACAAGCUGUGGUACUUUGAAUUUGGCACCUCGGAGACUUUUGCAGCGACCUGCAAGAAACUCCACGACCACAUUGAGUUGGAGUGUGAUGGGGUUGGGGUGGACCUGAGCAACAUCUUCCUGGAAGGCAUUGCCAUUCUCAACAUUCCCAGCAUGUACGGAGGCACCAAUCUCUGGGGAGAAAACAAGAAGAACCGGGCUGUGAUCCGGGAAAGCAGGAAGGGUGUCACUGACCCCAAAGAACUGAAAUUCUGCGUUCAAGACCUCAGCGACCAGCUCCUUGAAGUGGUGGGGCUAGAAGGAGCCAUGGAGAUGGGGCAGAUCUACACCGGCCUGAAGAGUGCAGGCAGGAGGCUGGCCCAGUGCGCCUCUGUCACCAUCAGGACAAACAAGCUGCUGCCAAUGCAAGUGGAUGGAGAACCCUGGAUGCAGCCAUGUUGCACGAUUAAAAUUACUCACAAGAACCAAGCGCCCAUGAUGAUGGGGCCUCCCCAGAAGAGCAGCUUCUUCUCGUUGAGAAGGAAGAGCCGUUCAAAAGACUAAACAGUGUGCCAAACACCAGCUAAACCAAGAGAGAAAGCAAGAAACUAUAAUGCACACUCGCACACACACAUUUAUGUGCACACUCACACAUGCACACACACACACACACACUCUUCUCUAACCAGUGGAAGCAAAGCCACCCUUCGGGAAGAAAACGUCACCUUGCCAUACAUUCUGUUUCAACAGUGGGUACACCCCUAACAGAGCCAGUGCCAACAAAACAUUUUGAAUGGACUUAGGGCCCAUGAGGUUGUGGCUGGCUUAGGCAGCAACCUCCACAUUCCCACAGGCCUUGAGUAGAAUUUUCUGAGACUGAAGGGAAAUCCCCCUUUCUUUCUACCAGCCCUGCAAGUUUCCUCACGGACGCUCGCGAGGAGCAGGCUGCAGGUUUCCUGCCUAUGGUGAGAUCAGAUGUGGCCAAGGGAAAGAGCUCUGGUUCCAGAGAAUUUGCACAAAGGUCCCUCUGUACAGAGACAAAACGGACUCCGGCUCUCAGAGCAUAAUCCUUGGCAGGGCUCAGCAGGCGCACGUUGGUUUCUUGGUCAUCCUUUGAGUGACAACUUCUCCCUGAACCUGCUGAAGAGGCAGAAAGGCCGUGGAAAGCUGUAUUUCCAUUCUUGGGUUUCUGCGCCGUCAGUGGGCACUUGUUAUUUUCCCGGAACCUUCUCCUGGUGUCUAUGUGUUUGUUUAGAGGCGGCUCCAAGAGCCCCCAGAGCUGCCUGCAUAGCACACCUUAGAUGUGGUAUUUAUUUUCUUAGUUCUGUGAACACCUGGGAGGGAAAGCGGAGAAACUGGGAUUUAUUUUUCAAAUUGGUGUCAUAAUAUUGUGUAAAAAGGGAAGGAAAAAAAAACCACCCCCAGCUUCUUUCUUUUUCAAGCCAAAGCGUGUUUCCUGUUUGAGUUCCAAGCCCUGGUGGCAGACUAUUCCUGAAGGCAGAAAAGAUGGGAAGGAAGGAACUUUGCUGGGGAAACCAGGAGACGGUUCCCUCCUGCUUCUUUGCACUCACCACUCCCAGAGUAUGACCUGAAGGACCUUCUGAUGGUCUUAACGUGUGUGUGCGUGUGUGUGUGUGUAUAUAUAUAUAUAUUUAGCCUAUAUAUUUAUAUAUAUAUAAAUAUUUAUUUACUGAUGGACUUUUCCUGAUUGGAAAAAAAAAAAAAAAACAUAGGUAGUAUGAGACAGAAAGUGGUAAGGAAAAAGAAGUUUCUCACUUCCCGACUCCACUGUUUCAUUGUCAGGACGCAUCUCCCUGCGGUGAUCACAAGGGUUAAGGGGAAUGAAAGUAGCUCCCUAUUAUGAACGAAGAGACCGAGAACUCCUAUUCUGGAUCCUCAAAACAAGCAUGAAAGACCUGCUGGGCUGGAUUUACUCUCCCAUUUGUCAGAUAAGAAAAUUGAGUCUCAGAAAAGUUCAGAGACUUUUCCAUGGUGUCUUGGCUAAUGCAGCUUGAGAGUAGGUGCCGUUACAAAGAUAUUUAAUGGAGAAAAGAACCCACACAUCUCAGAGUAGGGUCAUUUCUGGUCACUGAAAAGUGAGUCCACUUGGAUCCAGGUUGCCAGGGAGGAACAAACGUACAGCACAUGCGUGGAUGGGAUAUCCCCACACAAGAAAACGAGCGCCUCAUGCUGCUUCCCAGAGGUUCUCUCUGACCUGAAUGGAAAAGAAGUUGGUCUGAGAUCGAAGGUACUAAACAGAUCAUCAGACUGAACUAUUCACAUGUCACCUCAUCAUGGUCAUCAUAGUCUCUUAGUUUGGAAACAACCUUGGCUGCAGGGAUGACCUCAGUGGAGAGUCACAAGAAGGACUGAGGCGUCUUCUGCAAGAUACUGCCAGCCAGGACAGAGGGGUCUCAGCAGAGCUCAGUGGGCUUCAUUCAGCAAGUGCCAGCAUUACCAUCCUUUCCCAAGGGCAAGGCCAUGCAGAGCUUCAUUGGGCCUCCAUCCCUCUCUGAGAUUUAUCAGUGGAAACUUGGACCCACUUGAUAUCGCUCCACUGAGCUGCCUCUAAUCUCCUUGCAUUGGACAGGAGCUUUGGACAAAGAAGGGAAUAUUAAGAUUGUGUGUACAAAUGGCACUUAACUGUGAAGGACCAUCUAGGAGCAAGAUCCUGGACCAUUCUGCUCAACCUAACAGUGCAGAAUGCUAAGUAAGGGGAAAACCAGGCCACCUGAAGAAUAUCUUUAAUGAUGGUAUUCUUGGUGAUGGGACCAACAAGCUCCAGAAUUACUACAGGUACUAUCUUGGAAGCCACUUGAUUCUGAAACUGAGGCAGGUUCAGGUUUGGGGUCACUGAUUCUAAGACAUUUACAGAAGUUCGUGCAUGUGUUUCAGCCAUGAUCCCCAAGAUUGAGGCUAUUGAGACAUGGCACUAUCAACAGGUGAAAUUGAUUCUCAGAGACUCACAGGUCUCAUGAAGGGGCUGUGCAGAAAAUGGCCCUUACCUGCUGUACCCUAGUGCACAGGACUUGCAAUGUUGCUUGAGAGACAUAUCCCAAGUCCUUCUUAGAGGCAUGGAGUAUAACAACUUCAGUGGAAUUGCACUUCCAGUUUGGUAACCUUAGUAAAUCUUGUGUUGUUGUUUAAUCGUGCCUUGCAAAUCAUCCUUUAAACACUAUGACUGUGGUUUCUUGUUGUGGAGUCCCUCAUCAUAGUGACCCGCAUAGCAACCUCUGAGGUUAGCAGAGAAGGUAUUAUUAUCUCGAUCUCAAUGAGGAGAACAAGGCUUAAUGAGGUUUAGUGACUUCUCAAAACCGCAUGGUUAGUCAGGGGAGAACCUAAUCCCUUAUUUCUUAUCUUAUUCUGAUUCUGGCCAUGCUACAAACAUGUUCUCACCUGCCCCCCAUGCUUCUACCCCAACAGCAAUAAAAACUGUAAAGCAGGAA